UUUGGUGCUAAGCUUCCACGGAUCAGUCUUCGCAUCCCGACCAUUUCCGAGUAAAGGUUUGCGCAGAGAGAGAGAGAGAUGGGAGGAGGCCAUGGAGAGGGCACAACGUACAAGGGCUUCACGGUGCACCACCCAAAGCGCUGGCACGCGCUCACCGGGAAGGGCAUGUGCGCUAUCAUGUGGUUUUGGGUGCUGUACAGGGCCAAGCAAGAUGGUCCUGUAGUACUGGGUUGGCGACAUCCUUGGGAGGGCCAUGGGCAUGACGAUCAUUCCCAUGGCCAAGGCCAUGGCCAUGAACAUUAGGUAUCCCAUUGAGGAGCUGAAAGAAGAGGACAGAGAGUUCUGUUGGUGGGUUCUUGGCACAAAUGUCAUGUGAACUUUGUCUAUUUCUGUUUCAAUAAAAUGAUUGUGAAAAAAAAAUUGACUGUGGGCUUGAUGUGAUGAUUUUCAAACUUCAUUUCAACAUGUUAGUCUGUAAGCAUGAAUACUAUUUGCGGUUUUUACAUGUUAUUUACAUUUCUGACCUUCAAUCUUUAUUAUUUAUUGAAACACCUAGCCAAGCUUCUUCUUCUU